AUGUCCAAACCAGGCGGAUACAGCAGCCAGUCCGACACUCCCUCCGGUAACAAGCCCAAAAGCUACCCGAACGUCGCCACUAACAAGGACCUUCUAGAGCCCAACAACCCGAAGGUGGACCCGAAGGACCAGUCAGCCAAGACCCAGGAGAAGGACCAGAUGGUUGGACUCAACGACAAGUUUAUAGCGUUUAUUGACAAGGUGCAAAACCUGGAGCAGCAGAACAAGGUCCUGGACACGCGCCUGAAGAUCCUGAAGGAGCAGGAGGACUACCAAGGCAACGUGGACGCUGUGGUCCAACAGCUGGCCAACGAGUUGCAGCGGCAGAUCGAGAACCUGGCCCGGGACAAACAGAAACUGAAGCAGGAGCUGGCCCGCUGCCAGGACGAAGUGGACCAGACACGCAACAAGUACCAGGAUGAGAUCCAGAAGAAGUCGGAUCUGGAGAAUGACUUUGUGAUCAACAAGAAGGAUGUGGAUGAGGGCCACCUGGCAGCCGUGGAUCUGGCUCUGGAACUGGAGGACCUGAUGGGAGAACUGGACUUCCUGAGGCGGGGCUAUGAUGAGGAGCUGAAGGAGCUGGAGUCUCAUAUCCAGAAUGAGACGGUGGUCGUGAAGGAAAGCAACAAAAGAUCUCUAGACAUGGACGAGAUCAUCGACAGCGUCAAGAAACAGUACACGGACAUGGCAUCCCGUGCCAGAGAGGGGGCAGAGCUGUGGAACCAGAAAAAGAUGGAUGACAUAGUGCUGACAGCAGGUCAGUAUGAGCAGGAUGUACGUGAUGUGAGGAAGGAGAUUGCUGACAUGCUCCGUCUAACACAGAGACUGAAGGCAGAGCUGGAGACCCUCAAGAAGCAGAAAAUAGUUAUUGAGAAGGACAUUGAGGUUGUGGAGGUGGAUGGGCAGAAUGCGUUGGAGCAGGCCAGGGAUAAUAUUGUUGCGCUGGAAGACGCUCUCCGCAGGGCCAAGCAGGACAUGGCCCGUCAGGUCAGGGAGUACCAGGAACUGAUGAACCUCAAACUGGCCCUGGACAUCGAGAUCGCCACCUACAGGAAGCUACUGGAGGGAGAGGAGAUGAGAAUGAAUGACCAUAUACGUCAGCAAGAUGCCGUUGCCCCCCCAACCAGCCCCAGGAAGCCCCUCCUGACUCUGAAGCCCCUCCCAUUAGAUGCCGUUGCCCCCCGAACCAGCCCCAGGAAGCGUCUGCUGAUCAGAAUUGAGGUGGAGGCGGGCAGGGUCAUGUCCAAGAGCUUGCACUACUCUGACAAUUAA